AUGGACUAUCUACCAACCACAACGUCCUGGAACAGCCAGGCUCCAGACCUGGAUAAGUCGAGCCGUGUUAUGAUUCGUGACUAUCCCCACCGUGCUAUAGCCAUUGUCUCCCACUCGCAUGCCCUCAUAUUUCGACACAGCACGUCCGGCGCCGAACAGAAUGGGACUGUCGGGGCUGCGAAAUGCAUGGUCGAGUUCUCCCCGGUUUCAAAGGGCAUGUUGAGCGACUACCGCCCCCUCACUUCUCGCCCGAUAUACGGGACGCUGGGACUUAUAUCCAUCAACCGAGAUGUAUUCCUCUGUGUUAUCACGCAAGCAACCCUUGUGGCCACGCUUCGUCCAGGCGAGACGAUCGAAAUGAUCGCCGAGGUCCAGUUUUUCUGCCUCAAUACGAACGAAUACGAUGACGUUCUGUCUGCAGAUCCGUGGGAUCCUGACGGAGAUUCAGCCUCGGUCUAUUCCCAGGGCCUGAGCCGCCGAGAUGUGCCGGUGGAGCACCCUUGCCAGGAGCUGAUAAAGCUUCUGGGCAACCGAAGCUUUUAUUACAGUACUGACUUCGACCUCACAAACCGGCUGCAAGACAGGUCUGCCGAUGCUUCGAUAUUCGAUAUCGACAACUUUGACGAGUCGUUUUUGUGGAACUCGUUCAUGAUUCAGCCCUUGGUACAAUUCCGGUCUCGGCUCCAACCACACGAACGAGAUGUGUUGGAUGCCUCGCGAAUUCUCACUUCUGCCAUUCGAGGAUUUUGUCUCACCGUGACGAUUCCUCAGUCGGUGGCGCCGCUUCGCACCAAACGCUCUGGCAUGCCCUCUUACCUCACUGUAAUAUCGCGAUUAUCAUGCAGACGGGCAGGCACUCGGUUCAACGCCCGCGGCAUCGACGACGACGGCAACGUCGCAAAUUUCGUCGAGACGGAAACUAUAUACUGGAGUCCCGCCGGCGUCGUGUUCUCCUACGUCCAGAUUCGCGGCUCUGUUCCCAUAUUUUGGGAGCAGUCGCCUGGCCUGAUUCCAGGCCACCAGAAGAUUGUCAUCACACGGUCCCCCGAUGGCGCGCAGCCAGCGUUCGAUAAGCAUUUCGAAGAGCUCGAACAGUCGUAUGGUGCUGUUCAUGUGAUCAACCUGCUCAGUGAGGUAAAGCCCGGCGAGGCGGAGCUCUCCUCUGGCUUCCGCUAUGGCCUGAAGCAUUCACCCUUGAGCAGCAAGGACGGGAACGGGUCGCUAGACCAUGCGCUCCUCUGUGCGACAGAGUAUGAUUUCCAUGCCGAAACAAAGGGCCCGACGGGGUACGAGGCGGCGCAGGAGAUCCGCCGGUACAUCGCAAACUCGGCAGAUGGGUUUGCUUACUACAUGUCCGUCGAGAUGGACGACUCGGCAAAAGGUCGUUCGGCUGCUUCAGAGGGGCACCGGCGGUUUGUUGUAGUGCUGCAGCAGGAGGGCGUGUUUCGAACGAACUGCUUGGAUUGUCUGGACCGCACAAACCUCAUCCAGACGAUCAUUUCACAGAUGGCGGUGGAGGCGUUCCUGCAGCACAAAGGGGAAUAUGCGGGAUCGGAUUUCUGGGUGCGGCAUUCAAACCUCUGGGCGGACAAUGGAGAUGCUCUAUCGAAGAUUUAUGCUGGAACUGGAGCUUUUAAGUCUUCAUUUACACGCUCUGGAAAGAUGUCGCUGGCGGGUGCCAUUGCUGACGCCCGAAAGUCUGCCACACGAUUGUAUAUCAACAACUUUGCCGACAAAGGCAGACAGAACACCAUUGACCUGCUCCUAGGACGGCUUUACGGCCAAGCACGUGUUGAGCUGUUCGAUCCGAUUGGCGGUUAUGUCACGGCGGAACUGAACAAACGGGCCAGUAUUUUUUCGUCAACAGAUGUCAUACGGAUAUGGGUCGGAACAUUCAACCUGAACGGCCGUCUCGAUGGUCUCGGGGAGGACUUGUCGCCUUGGCUCUGUCCUUCGAAAGUGAGCGCAGAUGCUCUCCCAGAGAUCGUUGCGGUCGGCUUCCAGGAGAUUGUCGAGUUGAGCCCGCAGCAGAUCAUGAACAGCGACCCGACAAGGAAGCAGGAGUGGGAAGCAGUAGUGCUGGACACUCUGAACAGACGAGCAACGGCAGUGGGAGGGGAGAACUACGUCUUGCUCCGAAGCGGACAGCUGGUGGGAGCUGCCCUGUGCAUUUUUGUCAAGGCGUCGUCGCUAGCCAAAAUCAAGAACGUCGAGGGUGGCGUCAAGAAAACGGGAUUGUCAGGCAUGGCAGGCAACAAAGGAGCAGUGGCCAUACGGCUGGACUAUUCCAGCACACCCAUCUGCUUCGUCACGGCGCAUCUGGCGGCAGGCUUUGCCAACUACGAGGAGCGAAACCGAGACUACCUGACGAUCCACCACGGGCUGCGCUUUCAGCGCAACCGAGGCAUCGACGACCACGACGCAGUGAUCUGGUUUGGCGAUUUCAACUACCGCAUCGGACUUGGCAGAGAGCGGGCGAUGGAUUUGGUGCGGGCCAACGAUCUAGAGUCAUUGUACGAGAACGAUCAGCUCAACCUGCAGAUGGUUGCGGGACUGUCGUUUCCAUACUACUCGGAGGCACGCAUCUACUUUCCGCCAACAUACAAGUUUGAUGUAGGGCGGGACGAGUACGACACGUCCGAGAAGCAGCGCAUACCAGCAUGGACGGACCGAAUUCUGCGCAAGGGAUCCAACCUGCGGCAGGUCUCGUACAACUGUGCGCCGCUCCGGUUCUCCGACCACCGGCCGGUAUAUGCAGAGUUUAGCUGUACUGUCACAACCGUGGACGAGACGCAGCGAGACAAGAUCAGCCAGGAGAUCUACGAGAGACGAAAGAUGGACGUUGGCGACGUCACGGCAAACACGCUGAUAGAGGACACAGACGACGAGGAUCUCAUCGGCUAUGACGCGAUCGAGCCCGGACUUCCGGCCGCGAGCUCAGACCGGCACAAGUGGUGGCUGGACAACGGGAAGAUGGCCCAGGCAACGGUACAGCCACCAGUCCCAGCCAACGUGGCGAUCCAGGCAACGGUGCUCAAUCCAAACCGGGCGUCCAAUCCGUUUGUUCCGACAGACGAGCCCGACUGGGUGGCGGUGCCACGUUCGCGAAUGUCGUCCUUUUCUAGUCUAUCUACGUCGCCAUACGAGCAGAUCAGCCACUCGGCCGUGCUUCCCGGCUCAGCUGCAAGUCACGGCGGAACGUCGGUGGCGGGCUCGAGAAAGCCACCCGCUCUGCAGUACGAGUCAAACGGACCGCCUCCUCCGCCUAGACGACAGACUAGCAACCCGGUUGCUCUGGUAGGCGGCAAGAAGACCAUGUCGUCGUCGUCGCUGGCAUCAAUGCAGACUGCUGCUACUGCAUCGACAACGACGAACAUGCGGAGGGGGACGGCGGUCAGCGCGGUGACCAGGGCGUUUGAGGACCUCCAGUCACUGUCUACGCCUCCGCUGGCAGCUGCUCACAGCGAAAAAGGAGCGGGAGGCUACCACGCCGAGCUGUCUGCGAAGCUGCCGCCAGCACCACCACCUCGACCAGCUUCAGCGACAUCCAACACGUCCUCGUCGACACAAAGGGGGGGCACUAAAGCAGCGCCACCAGUGGCCAGGAAGCCGGCGCGUCUGGCAGCAUCCGUGUCUCCAUCUAGCCAGCACAUUGGUGGCGAGGUUGCAGCAGCAGCGCCAGCGGUCAUACCAGUACGACGGAGAUCAGAGCAGCUGCCGAUGACGGAGUAUAGAGACGAGGUAGCACCGCCUAAACUCCCUGCACGCACACGAACGGUACAAGGUGGAGGAGGAGGAGUAGGGAGGGGGCAAGCAGCAGCGGGCAAUGUUGACUUGCUGUCGGACAACGUCAGCAGUGAUCUUUCCAGGUGGCAGCCGCUGCAGCCAUCGUAG